GGUGGUGCUGGCUAGAGUGCAUGCUUUUGGACCCAAGCUUAACUUUUCAAAUGUGGAAUGCUAGGCCUUCAUUGGUUUCUGGAAGAAGUUGACUGCCUGAAAGGAAGCGACAAAACAUGAAAAUUGCUUUGAGGUGACCAACAAGUCCAGUGGCCCCUUGCUUCUCCCAAGGUGGAUCUGGGGUUUAAGAACCGUAACUUCAGAUGAGGAAACUCGGGCCCAGAGAGUGGGAGUGACAGCCCCAGUCACGUCACUUGGAGCUGGACCCCGACAGCGGGCAGUGCACGGCCACCUUCAACUGGGUUUGCAGUUGGAGUCCCUUGCAAGACUCCAAUGGCCGAACAGAGAAUGGACAUUUCUUCAACUAUCAGCGACUUCAUGUCCCCAGGUGCCACCGACCUCCUCUCCAGCCCCCUGGGCACCGGUGGCAUGGAUUGCAACCGGAAACGCAAGGGCAGCUCCACGGACUACCAAGAAAGCAUGGACACAGACAAAGAUGACCCUCAUGGAAGGUUAGAAUACACAGAGCACCAAGGAAGGAUCAAAAAUGCAAGGGAAGCUCACAGCCAGAUUGAAAAGAGGCGUCGGGAUAAAAUGAAUAGUUUUAUUGAUGAACUGGCUUCUUUGGUACCAACAUGCAACGCGAUGUCCAGGAAAUUAGAUAAACUUACUGUGCUGAGGAUGGCUGUUCAGCACAUGAAAACAUUACGAGGUGCCACCAAUCCAUACACAGAAGCAAACUACAAACCGACUUUUCUAUCAGAUGAUGAAUUGAAACACCUUAUUCUCAGGGCAGCAGAUGGAUUUUUGUUUGUCGUAGGAUGUGACCGAGGGAAGAUCCUCUUUGUGUCAGAGUCUGUCUUCAAGAUCCUCAACUACAGCCAGAAUGAUCUGAUUGGUCAGAGUUUAUUUGACUACCUGCAUCCUAAAGAUAUCGCCAAAGUCAAGGAGCAGCUGUCCUCCUCUGACACUGCACCCCGGGAGCGGCUCAUAGAUGCAAAAACUGGACUUCCAGUUAAAACAGAUAUAACCCCUGGGCCAUCUCGAUUAUGUUCUGGAGCACGGCGUUCUUUCUUCUGUAGGAUGAAGUGUAACAGACCUUCCGUAAAGGUUGAAGACAAGGAUUUCCCCUCCACCUGCUCAAAGAAAAAAGCAGAUCGAAAAAGCUUCUGCACAAUCCACAGCACAGGCUAUUUGAAAAGUUGGCCGCCCACAAAAAUGGGGCUGGACGAAGACAACGAGCCAGACAACGAGGGGUGUAAUCUCAGCUGCCUUGUCGCCAUCGGACGACUGCACUCUCACAUGGUUCCACAACCGGCAAACGGGGAAAUCAGGGUGAAAUCUAUGGAAUAUGUUUCUCGACAUGCAAUAGAUGGGAAGUUUGUUUUUGUAGACCAGAGGGCAACAGCUAUUUUGGCAUAUUUACCACAAGAACUUCUAGGCACCUCAUGUUAUGAAUAUUUUCACCAAGAUGACAUAGGACAUCUCGCAGAAUGUCAUAGGCAAGUUUUACAGACAAGAGAAAAGAUUACAACUAAUUGCUAUAAGUUUAAGAUCAAAGAUGGUUCUUUCAUCACACUACGGAGUCGGUGGUUCAGUUUCAUGAACCCUUGGACCAAGGAAGUAGAAUACAUUGUCUCCACCAACACCGUUGUUUUAGCCAAUGUCCUGGAAGGCGGGGACCCAAGCUUCCCUCAGCCCACAGCAUCCCCCCGCAGCAUGGACAGCACGCUGCCCUCUGGAGAAGGUGGCCCAAAGAGGACCCACCCCACUGUUCCAGGGAUUCCAGGGGGAACCAGGGCUGGGGCAGGAAAAAUAGGUCGAAUGAUUGCUGAGGAAAUCAUGGAAAUCCACAGGAUAAGAGGGUCAUCGCCUUCCAGCUGUGGCUCCAGCCCAUUGAACAUCACAAGUACACCUCCCCCUGAUGCCUCUUCUCCAGGAGGCAAGAAGAUUUUAAAUGGAGGGACUCCAGACAUUCCUUCCAGUGGCCUACUACCAGGGCAGGCUCAGGAGAACCCAGGUUAUCCAUAUUCUGAUAGCUCUUCUAUUCUUGGUGAGAACCCUCACAUAGGCAUAGAUAUGAUAGACAAUGAUCAAGGCUCAAGCAGUCCCAGUAAUGAUGAAGCAGCAAUGGCUGUCAUAAUGAGCCUCUUGGAAGCAGAUGCUGGGCUCGGUGGUCCUGUUGACUUUAGCGACUUACCAUGGCCGCUGUAGACACUACAUGUUGCUUUGGCGACAGCUACAGUAUCAAAGUGCAUUACUGAUGGAGUUAUACAGUCUGUGAAGCUUACCGGAUAAGGAGAGAACAGCUUUUAUGUCCUGUCUUCAUAAAAGCCAUCUCAGAGCCAUUGAUACAAGUCAAUAUCUUACUAUGUGUAACUUCAGACAAAGUGGAACUAAGCCUGCUCCAGUGUUUCCUCAUCAUUGAUGAUUAUUGGGCUAGCUGUGGAUAGCUUGCAUUAAUUGUAUAUUUUGGAUUCUGUUUGUGUUGAAUUUUUUAAUCAAUCAAUCAAUCAUUGUGCACAGAAGCAUCAUUGGUAGCUUUUAUAUGCAGAUGGUCAUUUCAGAUGUAUGGUGUUUUUACACUACAAAGAAGUUCCCCAUGUGGAUAUUUCUUAUACUAAUUGUAUCAUAAAACCGUUUAUUCUUCCUUGUAAGAAUCCUUUACUAUAAAUAUGGGUUAAAGUAUAAUGUAUUAGUUAAAUAUUUUUAAUAAAUGUUUCCCUUGUUCUAUA